UGGCAGGGCGGGGCGCCUCGCGAAGAUGGUGGCGCGCGCGGUGUGUAGCUCUCGUCGUCUGCCCAAGUGUCAGCUCAGCGCACCGGCCAGCGUGUCGCUGGUCUGGAGCCCUCGCCUGCCGGGCCUCUGACCCCGCGCCCCCGCGCCCGAUUCCCGGCAUGCCCCGUGCCCGUAAGGGCAGUGCGUCCCGGAAGGGCGGCCAGCGCCGCCGAGGGGGUGCCCGCGGCAGUACCCAAGCUGACUCGGGUUCCAGUGAGGAUGAGGCAGCCAGUGAGACCCACAGCACCACCAGUGAAUGUGCCAGCCUUCUCAGCACCGCAGCAGAAGACAGCCUUGGGGGGGAUGCCCUGGAUGAGCAGGGCCAGCAGGAAGACCUUGAGGAGAAGUUGAAGGAGUAUGUGGACUGCCUCACAGAUAAGAGUGCCAAGACCCGGCAAGGUGCUCUUGAGAGCCUGCGCCUGGCCCUCGCGUCCCACCUACUCCCCGACUUCUUGCUGGAGCGCCGCCUCACGCUGGCCGAUGCCUUGGAAAAAUGCCUCAGGAAAGGGAAGGGUGAGGAACAGGCCCUGGCCGCUGCUGUGCUAGGCCUGCUCUGCGUGCAGCUGGGCCCUGGAUCCAGGGGCGAGGAGUUAUUCCACAGUCUGCAGCCCCUCCUGGUCUCUGUGCUCAGUGACAGCACAGCCAGCCCUGCUGCCCGGCUCCACUGCGCUUCUGCUCUUGGCUUGGGCUGCUACGUGGCUGCCGCCGAUGUCCAGGACCUGGUCUCUUGUCUCACCUGCUUGGAAGGUGUUUUCAGCCGGCCCUGUGGUGUGGGUGGCUCCACAGCCCCUGUGUUCCCUGUCAGCCUGCAUGGCCUGCUCUGUGCUGCCCUGCAGGCCUGGGCAUUGCUACUCACCAUCUGCCCCAGCAGCCACAUCAGCCACAUCCUGGACAGGCAGCUGCCCCGGCUGCCCCAGCUCUUGUCCAGCGAAAGUGUGAACCUGCGGAUCGCUGCCGGCGAGACCAUCGCAUUGCUCUUUGAGCUUGCUCGGGACCUUGAGGAGGACUUUAUUUAUGAGGACAUGGAGGCCCUCUGCAGUGCCCUGCGCACUCUGGCCACCGACAGCAAUAAGUACCGUGCCAAGGCUGACCGCCGGCGUCAGCGCUCUACUUUCCGUGCUGUGCUGCACUUUGUUGAGGGUGGCGAGUGUGAGGAGGAGACGGUCCGAUUCGGGCUCGAGGUGCUCUAUGUGGACAGCUGGGCUCGGCGCCGGAUCUAUGCCACCUUCAAGAAUGUGCUGGGAUCGGGCAUGCACCACCACCUCCAGAACAACGAGCUACUCCGUGACAUCUUUGGCCUGGGCCCUGUGCUGGUGCUGGAUGCCACUGCCCUGAAGGCCUGCAAGAUCUCACGUUUUGAGAAGCACCUAUACAACGCUGCCGCCUUCAAAGCCCGGACCAAGGCACGCAGCCGCGUGCGGGACAAGCGGGCAGACAUCCUGUGAGGCAGGACCAGCUGAAGAGGAGAGUGUCCACACCCUUGCCCACAUUUUUAACAGAAGACAGUGCAACAGCUGGUCCCUGCCAGGAAUUGUUGCUUUAUUUUUUUAAGGACAAAACCAAAAACAGACAUGGGGCUGGGUGGCUGGAAGCCAGGCCCUUCACCCCUGCGCUCAGCCCUGUGGUCUCUUCCUGCCCUGUCUCAGGCCAGGCCAGAUGUGUGCCUGUCCCAGGGCUGUGGGGCAGGCAGGAGGAGGGCUGUCCCUUCCUUUCUUUCCUUUCUCAGGCCUUGCUCCCCUGGGAUCAACCACUUCCUUGGGGGGGAAUGGCAUCUGGACAAAUGCCACCACAUCAGCUGGGGAGAGGGAGACUACCUGGAAUUGAUUUAUGGGCUGACUUUUAAAGAUUAUUAGAGAUAAUUAAACUGAAUGCUCAGC